GGCCCUCUGGAGUACUUGUUUCCCUCGUCAUGGCUCCUACCAUCCAGACGCAGGCCCAGCGGGAAGAUGGCCACAGACCCAACUCCCAUAGGUCUCUGCCGGAGAGGUCCGGUGUGGUCUGUCGGAUCAAGUACUGUAACAGUCUUCCGGACAUCCCUUUUGAUCCCAAGUUCAUCAGGUAUCCCUUUGACCAGAACCGGUUCGUCCAGUAUAAGGCCACAUCUCUAGAAAAGCAGCACAAGCACGACCUGCUCACGGAGCCGGACCUGGGAGUCACCAUCGAUCUCAUCAACCCGGACACCUACCGAAUCGACCCCAAUGUUCUCCUAGAUCCAGCCGAUGAGAAAUUACUGGAAGAAGAAAUCCAGGCCCCCACCAGCUCCAAGCGGUCCCAGCAGCAUGCCAAGGUGGUGCCCUGGAUGAGAAAGACAGAAUACAUCUCUACGGAGUUCAACCGCUAUGGGGUCUCUAAUGAGAAGCCCGAAGUCAAGAUCGGGGUGUCUGUGAAGCAGCAGUUCACUGAGGAGGAGAUCUACAAAGACCGGGACAGCCAGAUCACAGCUAUUGAGAAGACUUUUGAGGACGCCCAGAAGCCCAUUUCCCAACACUACAGCAAGCCAAGGGUGACUCCUGUCGAGGUGAUGCCUGUCUUCCCAGACUUCAAGAUGUGGAUCAAUCCCUGUGCCCAAGUGAUCUUUGACUCAGACCCAGCCCCCAAGGAUACCAGUGGUUCUGCAGCCCUAGAGAUGAUGUCUCAAGCCAUGAUCAGGGGAAUGAUGGAUGAGGAGGGCAACCAGUUUGUGGCCUACUUCCUGCCUGGGGAAGAGACCAUGCGGAAGAGGAAGCGUGACCAGGAAGAGGAGAUGGACUAUGCCCCAGAUGAUGUCUAUGAUUAUAAGAUAGCAAGGGAAUACAACUGGAAUGUGAAGAACAAGGCUAGUAAAGGCUAUGAAGAAAACUACUUUUUCAUCUUUCGGGAAGGUGAUGGAGUCUACUACAAUGAGUUGGAAACCAGGGUCCGCCUCAGUAAACGUAGAGCCAAGGCUGGAGUGCAGGCAGGCACCAAUGCCUUACUGGUGGUCAAACACCGGGACAUGAACGAGAAGGAACUGGAAGCUCAGGAGGCUCGGAAAGCACAGCUAGAGAACCAUGAGCCAGAAGAAGAGGAGGAAGAGGACAUGGACAUAGAGAUGGAGAAAGAGGCCCCAGGCUCAGAUGAAGAACAGGAAGAAGGAAGUGGCAGUGAAAAGGAAGCAAGUGAGGAGGAGGAAGAGGAGCAAUCAGGAAGUGAGAGUGAUGAGGAAGAAGAGGAGAGUGAGAAGAGUGGGAGUGGAGAGGACAAAGAGGAGGAGGAGAGCAGUGAGGAUGAGGCCCGAGCAGCCAGAGACAAGGAAGAGAUCUUUGGAAGUGACGCUGACUCGGAGGAUGAGGAAGAGGAAGAGGAUGGGGAAGGCCUAGCCAAGGGCAGUGGAGAGGAUGAAGAAGAGGAGAGUGGAAGUGAGGUAGGGCCUGGGCAGCACAGGCCCAGCCCCUCCUUCCUCAGUGCCACUGAUGACUCAUCCCAAGAGGAUGGUAGUGAGGGGGGUACUUCUAAUUCUAGUGAGGAGGCCAGUGACAGUGACUGA